UCAAAAAUUCAAAGAUAUCAUGGAAUCUCGGAAAGAUCGAUGGAAAAUUUUUUUCCAAGACUUCGUUCUAGCAUGGUUAUGCAUAAGCUCAUCAGUCCUGGCUCGAAACAUAGAACGAUACGAUACAGCAUAUGAAUGCGAAGGAAAGACACUUAGAAUAGAGUGUCGUGAAGGUGAACUUAUCCAUCUUAUUCGAGCCAAUUAUGGAAGAUUUUCAAUAACAAUUUGCAAUGAACAUGGUAAUACUGACUGGAGCGUUAAUUGUAUGUCACCGAAAUCUUUUCGUGUUUUAUAUAACAAGUGUAAUCAACAACAAAACUGCAGUAUUGUGGCGUCGACAUCACAUUUUGGAGAUCCGUGCCCUAACACCUUAAAGUAUCUCGAAGCACAUUAUCAAUGUAUAUCGGCAUCCACGACUACGACAACGACUUGGCGACCAAGUCCGCCAUGGUUGCUAACUUCACAGUCAUCAAUCUGGAGUACGACUUCACCAGGCAACGCAAUCAUAAGUCGGGCUCCUUUUGGAAUAUCGACAUCAGCAACAGCCAGCACUGCUGCUCAGUCAAGUCAGCGACCAGAGAACGGCUUUUCGAUUACUGCUCCCUCGGUAGGCAGUGCCCCAAGGUCAGUACCGCUCUCUCUCUCUUCCAAUAUGCUUUAUACCAUCAAGUCCAACACUUUUAGUAUUAAAAUAAGAACAACGCUGAAAACAUGGACCGAUGGAGAAUUUAUUGAGAAUGAAGAUGAGGCGGAGGAAGAAAAUAUAAUUUCGUUGGUAAAGUCGAAUAGAACACCAGGAUCAACCGUCAUGCACGAAACAACGGUGAAGCCAUCACCACCGCAACAGUCUGAAAUGCCUUUCACCUCGACGAUAGCGCCUUGGAAAACUAGUCAUAGAACGCCAGCAGGAAAUGAUUUAUUGUUGCUUUGCCCGGGACGGUUCGCUCGUAAACUCACAUGGAAUGAGACCCGGCUUGGCGAAGUAGCAGUACAAAAUUGCCCGGGUGGUGCUAAUGGCUUGGCGCGCUGGCAAUGUGUACGAACCGUGUCAUCAGGUUUCGAACGAGCCAUUUGGCAGCGUGAUACUCCUGAUCUUAGUGAAUGUCGUAGUGUUUGGCUGUCUUCACUUGAAAAGCGUGUACAAGAAGGGGAAGUGAUUCUUGGUGUAAGCAGUGAUCUUAGUCAAGUGACGAAUAAUAGUCGUGAACUUUAUGGAGGUGAUAUGCUUAUUACUACCAAGAUCCUUAAAAAUAUGGCUGAUCGAAUGAACCAAGACAUUCAGACUUAUUUGGAUUUGGGACAACGUGAAGUAAGUGUCGCUGAGCUACUACAAGGUGCAGUUACUACUGGUAGUAACCUCUUAGAUAGAGCACAAUCCGCUUCUUGGAAGGAUCUAAGUCAUCGGGAACAAAUGGUUGUUGCAACUUCCCUCCUCAUUGGUCUCGAGGAAAAUGCUUUUUUGAUGGCAAAUCAACUUAAUUAUGAGAAAAACAUCGUACACGAACGCAGAAACAUUUUAAUGGAAGUAAGAGUGUUAGAUGCGCGCAAUCUGAAUAAAGAACUGGAAGUAUUUCCAAAGGAAGCUGGACAACAGCAUAGAUGGACAAAUAUGCAUGAUCGCAUAGAGUUAACUAGAGGUGCCCUAUUAAGAAACAAUAACACAGGUCGCUUCGUUAGGCUUGUUUUUAUGGCAUUCGAUAGGCUCGAAGAAAUUCUUCAGCCUCAGGUAGAGUCUUCGUAUUUUGCCGAAGAAGGAAGCGAAUUCACCUCUUAUUCUUCAUCUAUGAUGCAUGAUAUGAAUGUUAGUCGAAUAUUAAAUAGUAAAGUAAUUUCGGCAUCCCUUGGCAAAGGAAAGCAUGUGCAAUUAACAGAGCCUGUUAUACUUACCUUCCAACACUUGAUGUUUCAAAAUGUGACAAAUCCGAAGUGUGUCUUCUGGGAUUAUGCAAUAAGCGAAUGGUCAGAGGAAGGCUGCAUCAUUCGGAAAAGCAAUGAAACGCAUACGAUAUGUGAAUGCAAUCACCUUACAAACUUCGCUGUUCUUAUGGAUAUUCAUGCAGUGAAACUUGAUGUACAAGAUCAAGUAGCCCUUCAAAUAAUUACCUAUAUUGGCUGCAUUAUUUCAAUUAUCUGCUUAGUGCUUGCAAUAAUCACCUUUCAAUUGUUUCGUGGUCUAAAGUCUGACAGAACAACGAUUCAUAAAAAUCUCUGCGUGUGUCUGCUUAUUGCAGAAGUUCUUUUUAUUUGUGGAAUAGGGCAAACAAAUCAUAAAAUAGUAUGCGGUAUCGUUGCUGGACUCUUGCACUUCUUCUUUUUAUGUGCAUUUGCUUGGAUGUUUCUUGAAGGUUUUCAGUUGUAUGUUAUGCUGAUCGAGGUAUUUGAAGCUGAAAAAUCAAGACUUCGCUGGUAUUAUCUUGUAGCUUAUGGUAUUCCAUUACUCGUUGUUGGAAUAUCUUCUGUGAUUGAUCCACUUAGUUAUGGCACAGAUCGAUAUUGUUGGCUUCGCGCUGACAAUUACUUCAUAUUUAGCUUUGUUGGUCCUGUCAUACUUGUUAUAUUGGCAAAUCUAGUAUUCCUGUCUAUGGCAAUUUAUAUGAUGUGCAGGCAUGCUCACACAACCGUAUCUUUGAAAAGUAAAGAACACUCACGGCUAGCUAGUGCAAGUGGAAAAGAAGAGAAUGCUCUUCUCAACAAAUUACAAUCGCACUUAGCGUGGUUACGAGGAGCAAUUAUGCUAGUGUUUCUUUUGGGUCUUACCUGGACAUUUGGCUUAUUAUACUUAAAUCAAGAAUCUAUAGUUAUGGCGUACAUUUUUACGACAUUAAACAGUUUGCAGGGAUUGUUUAUUUUCAUAUUUCACUGCGUUCAAAAUGAAAAGGUUCGUAAAGAAUAUCGCAAGUUUGUUCGACAACAUUCUUGGCUGCCUAAGUGUUUGAGGUGUUCAAAAGGAUCAACUUCAGGAAUAUCCAAUACAUCAGUCGCUGGUUCUGGAACCAACGCAGGCAAGGACUUUGCUUCACACAAUACCUCUUCAAAUCCCUCAGCCCUGACAACGAACAGCUCUGGAUUAUCAUCACACAUCAAUAGUAAUGUGGGUAUUGGAGCAGCCUUGCAGACGAAAAAUCAGAAUCUUUGCAACAUCGCAACCUCUAACAAUACGAAUCUUUCCAUAAACAUGAAUCUCAACAAUUUAUCGAUAAGAUCACAGUCUCAUCCUCUUGGGGUUCAUCAGAUGCGCGCCAUGGCACCUAGCAACCACAAUAGGCAUCCUUCUAAUCAACAAGCAUUCGUUUACUGUCUCUACUCAAUGCAAGAUCAACAUGAAAAAAACAUUUCUUUUAAAUCACACUCUCGCGAUUCUGGACAAGGUGGAUCUGAACAAGAAGAUAGCCCGCAUGUUUUAGGACAUGUGAGCGGAUAUAGUCAUGGAAUCCAUAACGCGAUGACAUUGCAAGGAUAUUCGCUGCGUGCACGUGAACGAAGACUUCUUAGCGAACUUGAAAUUGGUUCGCGCGCCACUACCGGUCGACGUGCUAAUUCUCCAUACAAUCACACCUAUACAGAAAUUCGAGAACCACGACACCAACAACACCUACAGUGUCAUGGCUAUGGUUUUGGGCUCAGGCAGUUAGCGCAAGACGACCCUGUAUACGAGGAAAUCGAACGUACCGGUACUCAGACUUCCGAUAUGUCUGAUGAAGAUUGUCGACGACAAAGUGAUAUGUCGCGUCAGUCAUCACGUAGUUACGGAGACCAUCGACCUCUCAUACCUUACUCUCCUGCCACCGAUCGUGGCCUCGAUACUACUUGGAUAAUUGAAAAGCACAAGCGUCAUCAGCGGUCAUUUCAAAAUACUGAUCAUCAACAACAAGAAAAACAUCAUCAACAACUGAGGCCGCAAGAUCAUACACGAACGGUUGCUGUCCUCGAUGGUCAUACAGUCGUGUGUCAUCUUCAACCACAAACAGAACUAUUCACAGCUCGAGGUUCAGCACUACCAUCUUACAGCGAGUGCUAGAUUAUUUGAGUGGUUACUGUGAUCAGCCAUCUAUUAGAUUAUCGUUAGCUUGGACGGGUAUCCCUUUCUAACAAUACUUUCUAUUUGUUCUUUUUCAUAACCUUUUUAUAACGUACAUGUAGAUUAGGUAGUCCUACUUUAUUAAUAGUCAUAUUCCACCCAAUCCCUAUGUAUAGCACUGUUUUAAAGUCGAAAUUUUGAAUAAUUUAAAUUCAAUGUAAUUUUUAUAAAUAUGUAAUAAGCAUUUAUGUGCCAGAAUAUGCGAUCGUGCUAAUAUGCAACACAUACAAAUAAUAAAAUUCGAACUUAAAAAAUAUAUUUAUAAAUAUACAUAUCAAUUGCAUACGUAUAUUUACGCAUACCUGGCAUUAAAUUUUUAAUGAAAAAAA